UCCGCGCCGCCUCUCCGCCCCUCCGGCCGCUGGGAGCCGCGCGCGGGCCCGCGGAGACCAUGUCCUGACUGAGGCGGGAGGGCGGAGGCGGCAGCAGCGGGGUGGGCGGCGGCGCCGAGGGAGGCGGAGAGGGGCCGGGCUCGGCUCGUCGCCGCGGGCCGUGCGGGAGUCGCCGCCGCCGCCGCUGCCGCGGCCGCCGGGCGCCGCGCGUCAGACGGGAAGGAGGAGCCGCGGCCGCCAGGAAUAGCUAUUCACAGUCAGACAGAACCACUUACACGUUUUGCAGUAUCUCCUGAGGAAGUCAGAGUCUGAGCCAGCAUGAAGAUUGAAUCUUGUCUUUGGUCUGAUUUACCUUUAUUGUAACCAUGUGCAAGGUGGAGGUUAUAGCAUGGAAACUAAAAUCUUACUUCCUGCCUGACAUAACUCACUUCAAGAAGUACACAAUGUCAGAACAUGGGAUUAAGUGGGCCUGUGAAUAUUGUACGUAUGAAAAUUGGCCGUCUGCAAUCAAGUGUACUAUGUGUCGUGCCCAGAGACCCAGUGGAACAAUUAUUACAGAAGAUCCAUUUAAAAGUGGUUCAAGUGAUGUUGGUAGAGAUUGGGAUCCUUCCAGUACUGAAGGUGGAAGUAGUCCUUUGAUAUGUCCAGACUCUAGUGCAAGACCAAGGGUUAAGUCUUCAUACAGCAUGGAAAAUGCAAAUAAAUGGUCAUGCCACAUGUGCACAUAUUUGAACUGGCCAAGAGCAAUCAGAUGUACCCAGUGCUUAUCCCAACGUAGGACCAGGAGUCCCACAGAAUCUCCUCAAUCCUCAGGAUCUGGUUCAAGACCAGUUGCUUUUUCUGUUGAUCCCUGUGAAGAAUACAAUGAUAGAAAUAAACUGAAUACAAGGACCCAGCAUUGGACUUGUUCUGUUUGCACAUAUGAAAACUGGGCUAAGGCUAAAAAAUGUGUUGUUUGUGAUCAUCCCAGACCUAAUAACAUUGAAGCCAUAGAGUUGGCAGAGACUGAAGAGGCUUCUUCCAUAAUAAAUGAACAAGACAGAGCUCGAUGGAGGGGAAGCUGCAGUAGUGGUAAUAGCCAACGAAGAUCGCCUCCGACUACGAAACGGGACUCGGAAGUGAAAAUGGACUUUCAGAGAAUCGAAUUGGCUGGUGCUGUUGGUAGCAAGGAGGAACUUGAAGUGGACUUUAAAAAACUAAAGCAGAUUAAAAAUAGGAUGAAAAAGACUGAUUGGCUAUUCCUCAAUGCCUGUGUGGGGGUUGUGGAAGGUGAUUUAGCAGCCAUAGAAGCAUACAAGUCAUCAGGAGGAGACAUUGCACGCCAGCUCACUGCAGAUGAAGUACGCUUGCUGAACCGACCUUCUGCUUUUGAUGUUGGCUACACUCUGGUACACCUGGCCAUACGCUUUCAGAGGCAGGACAUGCUAGCAAUACUGCUUACAGAGGUAUCUCAACAAGCAGCAAAGUGUAUUCCAGCAAUGGUGUGUCCUGAACUGACAGAACAAAUCCGGAGAGAAAUAGCUGCUUCUCUUCACCAGAGAAAGGGAGAUUUUGCUUGCUAUUUUCUGACUGACCUUGUAACAUUUACAUUGCCAGCAGAUAUUGAAGAUUUGCCUCCAACAGUUCAAGAAAAAUUAUUUGAUGAGGUGCUUGAUAGAGAUGUUCAAAAAGAGCUAGAGGAAGAAUCUCCAAUUAUAAACUGGUCCUUGGAGUUGGCUACACGUUUGGACAGUCGACUGUAUGCACUUUGGAACCGGACUGCCGGAGAUUGUUUACUUGACUCAGUACUACAAGCUACCUGGGGCAUUUAUGACAAAGACUCGGUGCUGCGGAAAGCCCUGCAUGACAGCCUGCAUGACUGUUCACAUUGGUUUUACACACGCUGGAAAGACUGGGAAUCCUGGUAUUCCCAGAGCUUUGGUUUACAUUUUUCACUGAGGGAAGAACAAUGGCAAGAAGACUGGGCAUUUAUACUCUCUCUCGCUAGUCAGCCUGGAGCAAGUUUGGAACAGACACACAUUUUUGUACUCGCACAUAUCCUUAGACGACCAAUUAUAGUAUAUGGAGUAAAAUAUUAUAAGAGUUUCCGGGGAGAAACUUUAGGAUAUACUCGGUUUCAAGGAGUUUAUCUGCCUUUGUUAUGGGAACAGAGUUUUUGUUGGAAAAGUCCAAUUGCUCUGGGCUAUACAAGGGGCCACUUCUCUGCUUUGGUUGCCAUGGAGAAUGAUGGCUAUGGCAACCGAGGUGCUGGUGCUAAUCUGAACACUGAUGAUGAUGUCACCAUCACAUUUUUGCCUCUGGUUGACAGUGAAAGGAAGCUCCUCCACGUGCACUUCCUUUCUGCUCAGGAGCUAGGUAAUGAGGAGCAGCAAGAGAGACUGCUCCGCGAGUGGCUGGACUGCUGUGUGACUGAAGGGGGGGUUCUGGUGGCUAUGCAGAAAAGCUCUCGGAGGAGAAACCACCCCUUGGUCACCCAAAUGGUAGAAAAAUGGCUUGACCGCUACAGACAGAUCCGGCCUUGUACAUCCCUGUCUGAUGGAGAGGAAGAUGAGGAGGAUGAGGAUGAAUGAAAACACACACACACCUAAGGAGCAAAAGACCAAGGCAUCAGAACUGAGAUGACCCACAAAUUAGUGUGGUAUUCUAAGCAGAACAUACAGCAUGGGGUGAGCCAAACCCUGCAGGAUCUGCUCCCAAGUAUCUGUCUUUCUGCUCCACACCCACUGGAGAUAACGAGUGCAUCUGCAUGAGGAGACGGAGAGCUUUGGUUGAACUACAGUUUGUAAAAAAGACCCUAAUUUUAUUGACAGAACUUUUUCUUUCAAAUUGUAAAUCUGUCUCUGAAUGUAACGCAUGUGGUUGUGUAAGAAGUCGUGUACUAGGAAAAGUGCACCAGCAUCUUCAUGUUACUGAACAUUUCCCUAGCAUGGGCACUCAUAAAAAGCACAUGGCAGAUAACUUCGUUGAAAUACUCUCAUUAGAACCUGACAUCCUGCUCCCACCGUACAAGACCCAUUUCCAUUGUUUCAGAGAUUUGGAAACUUUGUACAAAUUAUCCACGGCAAGAUGAAAAUAAACAAGCCUUUAUUUUAUUAAUAA